AUGCUGCGCAUAGUGUUUAAGAUAACAUUUAUAAUAUGUUCUAUAAAUGUUACUUGUUUGUUCCAGGUCAUGGUAUGCUCCCUGGCGAUCGGCAGUUUAGCCAUAGAUGAACAUCGUCCAAAAAAGAAAACAGAAGACCGCGGUAAAAGGAACCUAGAGUACCAAAUCUCUCAUCAUUAUUCAAGCUUCCCGUCGUCGUACAGAUUGGAAAGAAGGAUAGCAACGAGUCCCCAGUACCAAAUUCCAUCACAGUACUAUUCCCGACCAUAUCGUAAAGGUAGACCACAAUCUUAUCCUGUUCCCCCUUAUGCUGUACAAAUGGAACCUCUUAUCCAUUAUUCUCAAAGAGAUCCUUUGUAUGAUACUAACAUUUUGCCCGUAGAUCCACACAACGAAGACCUACUAACAGAAAAUAACCAAAUCCAGGAGAACGUCGAUAGGUAUGGUGGAUACCACAAACCCCGUAUUGUUGAAAGGCCCGUUUACAUUAAGGAACCUGAACCAAUCAUUGAAAUUAUCAUUAAAGAAUCUAAUGUCUCUUUGCCGGCACCACCUCCUCCUCCACCCCCACCUAAAAAGAAAAAAGAACAAGUUCAAGUUUUCUACGUCAAAUACAAGAAAAAUCCUGAUCCGUAUGGAAAAGAUAGCAUUAUUUACGAUAAACCAGUACCUGCUAUUGCUCCAGAAAUUCCUGAAGACGAACCAGAAGAAGAACCAGCGCCAUACUCGUAUCAAGAAACAGCUACAGCUCCUCCGCCACCCAGUACCACACUUAGAACUAUUAUUAAACCUGACUCCGAAGUCUAUCACAGUCCCAGUGGUGUCAAAGUAACAUUCGGUAAAGAGGGAUUUGAUUAUGAAAAAAGAUCAAGUAAACCUGAAGACUAUGUGCCCCCACAAACAUCUGGGGUAUUACCUCAGGGCAGGCAGUUAUCGUCAUUUUCUAAUGCCUAUUUCAAAAGGCCAACUUCUAGCAAUUUCCAAUCAAUACCUCCAGGUUUCAGAUCUGAUGUAAGACCAGAUUUUAGACCUGAUAGUAGAGCCGUACAACCUUACAGAACUAUAAACUUGCCACAAAAUAAUUAUAAGCCAUUUGGCAGACAAACUUCACCUCCUCCACAACAUUCACAACAGUCCCCAAAUUUCUCAUUUCAACCUCCACAAUUAGGGUCAACAUUCAACAGCUUUUCACAGCAAUCAACAUCAUCAUCUCCACAAUUCGGACAUAGCAUUUCACAUCCACCACCACCUAGAUUCCAAUCAAAACCAAAUCUUCCUCAAACAAGACAACCAGUUCCAUAUAAACCAUUUGACAAUUUAAGACCACAACAACAGUUCUCACAACCUCCUGCACCAUCGCAACCUAUUCAGUUCAGGCCUGAGACACGAUUCCCAUUACAACCUCUUCCUCUGCCAGAACAUGCUAAUUUUAAUAAUCCUAGAUUUAACCAACAGUUUAAUAGCGGCGAAAUCCCUCAACAUUCCCAACAAAAUUCUCAAAAUAUUCAACAAUUACCAAAUAUCCGAACUCAACAAAACUUUAGAUCUCCUCAAAACAUACCACAAAAUUUUCCAAAUAAACCCAUUCCUCAAUACCACCAACAACAAAAUUUCCAACAGCAAUCUCUCCCACAUCAACAUCAAGCAACUUUCCAACAACAACCCACAUUCCCACAACAGCCUACAUUCCCACAAUCAUCAUUCUCACAACAACCUACAUUCUCACAACAGCCUACAUUCCCACAACAACCUACAUUCCCACAACAAUCUCUUCCACAUCAUCAGUCUACAUUCCAAAAACAACCUACUGUACCACAAGCACAGCAUCAACAGAUCCUACAACAUCAGCAACAAAAUAGCCAACAACACACAAACAAUUUGUCUAACCAACCAUUCCAACAUCACAAAAAUCAUCAGUUCUCACCUUCACAACAACAAACUAAUCAACCUCAACCGAAUAUAUUUAGGAACUCGGAAAAAGGGCAAAAUUUCCAACAACUAAAUCUACUUCAGAAUGAACAAAAUAUAUUUAGAAAUCCUGAGAAACAACAAUUCCAAACUAAUCAACAAAAUGAACAUUUAAGUAACCUACAAUCUGCCCAAAACAUUUUACCUCCAGGAGGGCAACUGAUACCAUCAGUGUCUAAAUUUGAACAACAUAUUUCUUCUGUAGAGACGGUUCCAUCACAAAAUUUAAGUCCAGAACAAUACCAACAAAAAAUAAUUCAACAAUUUAAUCAAAACAGUGUUUCACAAGAACAAAGCAGCCAGGAGGUUUUGAGUCGACAGCAAACAUCAAGUCAUCAAAAGAGAAUUUUAGAAGAUCAGAAACAGAAAAAUCUAGAGAACUACAUCCAAAACUACUCACCAAAAUCAAAUUUUGAAGAACAAGGGCAUCCUCAUCAGAAAGCUAUAGAUCAACGAAAUCAACUUCUAGAAGAUAUCGAAAGACAACGACAACAGCAAGAACAGUUAAGACAAUUUUACCAGCAGAAUCCUGAUAUUAAACAAGAUGUCUCAUCUAACUAUGUAAGCACACCUCAACCUGAAUACCAAGUAUCCAGAAAAAACGUUGAAGUAAGCAGCACACCUGGGUACCAAGUCCAGUACCAAUCUUCAAGUAAAUCUACAACAACCACUGCAGCACCACCAUCUACAACAACGAAAGAUCCGAAAGUGUUGGAAGCACAACUGCCUGAUGAAGUUCCUGAAGACCUAAGACAGCAAUUACUUUCUUCUGGUAUUUUAAAUAACGCUCAAAUAUCUGUUUUAGAUUACGAUAAAGUGGGUGAUAUUCCUCUAUCUGAUUUACCACCUGACCAACUGGCUAAUUUCUAUGGAGCUGGAGGUGCUUCACAACUAGCGGCUGCUGGCGCAGGUAGUGACCCAGUUCCCGCGGUGGUCCGUAAAGACGGUACUAAAGUUGAGGACCAUGUAGAAUUCGACGAUCAAGAACCAGAGUUCGCCGCUUCCGAAUACCGACAACAGAUCGUGGCGAGCCCCCUUGUUUCAGCUCCGACGCCCUCCGGUGUUGAGAUGAAGGUGGUACGGUAUGAUCCGAAGACGCACAAAGGACAGCAGGUUCAGGAAAAGUAUGUCGAAGAGGAGGCCCAGCAGGUGAAUCCGGUGAUAUUAAAUGAUAACAGAUAUAACAGGUACCUCCCUUUAAAAAUAAAUGGAACUCAAUUUCCGAUACCAGAUGUUCAAGAAUUAAAAGGCAGAAAAAUUUCGAGCGUCGUAGUACUGGCGCCCAUUAGUUACGAUUUUUCUUCAGAAAGAAAAACUAGAGAAACUACCAGAGAAUUAUCGAAAAAAUCCAGUGAUAUCGACUUUAUUCAAGGAACAGCUCUCAAGGAAUUACUGACUGAUCCUUCUUCAGAUAAUUUCAUCAAAUUUCUCGAAAAUGAAAAUAGAACGAGCAGCGAUAAACAAGCAGUAAUUUUGUUAGUUGCAGAUCUUGGUUCUUCUACAAAAGACAAAGAAAUCUUCAUGUACGAUGUCGCAACCCAAACAGUUAGCAAAUUGAACGGUGAACUGUCGUCCGCCUUCGUCGAAGCUGCUGAAGCUAAUUCCGAUGAUACAGAAGUUGCAGCAUCAGAAACAGUGCCGAUAAUUGACCCACUGCAAGAAGAAGAUAUGGAGACUCAAGCUUCAGAACAUCUAGAAUCCUUCGUUGACAUCUCUGGACAUCCAGUUGACGAUUUAAUGGCUAUGUCCAGUUCAAAUUUUGUUAACAAACGGAAUUCGUAAAAAAGACUGGUCGUUCCUAGGAAUAAAUAAAUUUUUGUAAAUAUUUCCUUAGUUGGAAAAAAUUUAAAGAAACUUGCGACGAUAAAAAUAACUAAAUUUCAAACGUUGGUGGCAUGAUAUUUUUCCUAAACCUUACUUUAAUUUUGCAGAUGUUUGAAAAUUUUAAUUGAUUUUGAAAACAAAAAGAGAAACAUCGACAAUUUUAGAAUAAGAUUUAUAAAAUAUACAUUUUUAGUGUCUUAAAACUUCUUAAAAAUUUAGUGCCAUUUUAAUUUCUUGUAUAUUUUUCUUUAGAUAUGUAGAUAUAAUAGAAAAAUGGUGGUAAAUUACAAUUUAAAUCAUUCAAAACAUAUUAUUUGAAUAUACGAGGAAUUUCAAUAAAACCUACCCACCCCUAAAUAAUUUUAAAGGUUAGACUUUUAUAAAAAAAAUCCAAAAAUAAGUGAAAAAUUCUAUAAAGGGGACGUCUAAGGAAAAGCAUAGAAGAAAAAAGGAGAAAUGGGGGAAAAAACUUCCUAACUUUACACCUCAGCUAUACAUUUUUGAAAUAAAAUAUUAGAGGAGAGUAGAAAAAUGCAAUGGUAUACAAUGUGUUUCAAUAAGAAAACAUGGGGUGGGCAUAGGGAGUAGAGUGAGUAUGCAUGAGCAUAAAGAUGUCCUUCUUAUUUUUUGUAUUUUUUCAUAAAUGCCUCACCUUUAAAAUUAUUUAGGGUGAAUAGUUUUCAUUAAAAUUCUCUGUAUAUAUUAGAUAAUUUCUGUCGCAUUUCAAAUUUCAACGUAUCGACUAGCCCGAUGCUGUAGUCGCCACUUUUAAAUAAAGUACAUAAUAAAAUAAAUGUUUCUAAAGUAGGCCUUGGAAAAAAUCACUCAUGUAGGUAUUAUUUUUUUUUUACUUUUUUAAAUGACAGAAUAUAUUUGAUUCAGAAGUUACCACAUGCAUGACUCAUAUGUAUACGUUGACCAUAUUUUUUUUUUUUGAAAAAAAGUACAGUAAGAUUGUUUUUGAACGCAUUCGCCAUUUUAUAGAAAUAUAAUGUCAACAUUAAGUAAAACACCAAAUAUGUUAAUUUAAAAAUACAAUUUUUAUUAAGUAACAUAAGCAAAUAACAUAAAAAAACUUAAAUGUUACUAAGACUUUUCCGCUGUUGUACUUGGCAAUUAAUUAUCUUUUCUGACAUCCCCUUUUUUAAACCAAUCGAUUUUUCUGAACCCAAUAUUGAUUUGAGCAUAGAUGGGUUACUGUGAAGAAAAUGAAACAUUUCGUUACAUGUUUCGUCGAAAUUUGUGUACACCUGCCUGACUUUACAGUGAAAACACUCAUUUGAGAUUUUUCGGCACUCCAGUAAUUAUUAAUAAAAGAAAAUAAUCGAUCAACAGCAGCGCUAGUACUAUAUCAGGAAGACAGAACACAAACUCGCACAACUUUUUCAAGUUAAUCAACUUGUCACUAUCUGCAUCAAGACAUUUAAACAUUUUAACCCACCGAUCCUCACUAUUUUUAUCUUCGCUAUUCCAUUUGUUGAUUUUUUCAAUAGAUAAAAAGUUAAUUAAUAUUCCGACUUCAUCAAAAAGCUGGUCUUCAUUUAAUACCUCCACUAAAUUCGCUCUAAAGGUCUCCACAGAUUAAGAAACAUCAUUCCAAUUAAAUUGACGUCGUAAACCUGCCCAGUUAAAUAACUUUAAUUCUCUUAAAUUUGAACUCCAAUUGUUCAGAUAGGACACUCAAUUUAAAUAAAAUAGUUGCACUUGAGUUUUAAAAUCCUCCAUAUUGCUUUGUCCAUCAUUAUUUAGUUUAAAAAGGCAUUCUCUUACUUUGAGUGCAAAAAUACCUCAUUUAAACGAUGUUCCAAUUUAUUUUUUAGUGUAAAAUAUUCUAAAGCUGCUUCUGUUGCGCUUACUUUGUUGCCUUCGAUUUUGGUGAUUCCUUCAUGAAAUUGGGAAGCUACAUUAUGUACGAACCACAUCCACACUUCUAAUACGGGAUUAUUAAAAAAUUGUUUAAUAAUCGUUGGGCAGUUAUCAAUUGACUGAAAAUAAAAUUUCAAUGGUUCAUACAUUUCAAUUGCCGGCAUCAUAUUUAAAAAUCUUGUUUUGGAAAAUGAUAGGAUUUUUUUAUAUUCGCAAUUUACAAAAUUAGCAAAUGAUUUAAGUUUCGUUACCAUGACAGUGUAAAUAUAAAACACAGUGUCUAGGUACACGCUAACUUGUACCCAAUUCAAAAAGUUAUAUACAGGCGAAACGUCUUGACAGAGUAGGUGAGCUGUGUGCAGGCCGGUGUUACGCCGGUCGGCGUAGCUAGGUAUAGAUUAAAUUUUUUUUGUGGCUGCGAAGCCGCCGCCCUACAAGUAGUCGUUGAUUCGUUUUCUUGUUGCCACGGCAUUAUUAUUAUUAUUUAUUCAUGUAUGUGAAAUUUGCUUCUAAGGUUUAUAAAAUACUACUACUAUAGUCACGGCGUAAAUGAAAACAAACAAGGCGCAUUCACACAAACACCUCCCACCACAGCAAUAUGACGUUUCGCGUGUAUAUAAUUUGUUGAUUCGUGUACACUUUAGCGUGUACCUAGCAACAGCGAAUAUAAAAAUGUUUAAAUAUUUUUACUGCAAAUACUUCAAUGUCUAUUGGCAAAACAUCAGUAGCAUUUUGAAUGCAAUUGUUCAAAAUGUGUGCUGUACAUCCCACACCGAUUAAAGAUUUGUCACACGAAUUGUUAAGUUUAGUGAAUAAAUUAUUUGUUUCUUUUCUUUUAAUCCCACCAAAAUUAGUAUUUAUAUUAUCUGCUGCCAAUCCAAUAACCUUAUUGGAGAUCUUGUAUUUUUCUAACACCUCAAAAACGUAAUUAUGAAGUUGGUCGGAUGUUUCACCCGGUAGUUGACAUAAGCGUAAUAAUUUAACUUCUAUACUUUUCUCACUAUCGAAAGAACGCACUAGUAAUGGAACAAGUUUUAUGUCACCAUGAUUUGAUGAAUCCAUAAUGAUGCUAAUAAAAUCCACCUUCUUCAUAGACACGUCCAAUCGGAAUUUUGAUUCUUCUGCAAAUAUAUUUUUCACUAAAACUCUGCAUGUGUUUAAUAGUAUGAUAAGCAAAUGUUCCGUCUUUGGCAGCAAUCAUCAUGUUUUCGGAGCUAACUUGUGAUGAACUGAUGACUUAAAAAAAGUCUGCAACUUGUUACUUAUUGUCGAUGCGUUUGCCGCUAGUUUAUGUUUCUUUUUUAAUAAAUGGGCUUUGAUAUUAUUUCGACCACUAUUUGAAAUGCCUACUUCACUCUUGCAAAUUUCGCGGUAAACGAUAUCCGAAAUCGUUCUUGAUUUCGGUUUCAUAAACGGAUAGUCUCUUUGUAACUCCGCAUUGAAAUGGCAUUUUCGUCUUAGCGGCGACAUAGUUGGAGAGCUCGCUUUUACGUAAAACUAAAUACUUUUGAACGCAUGAAGUAAGAAUACCUAGGUAAUAUUCAUGUAGCAACACUACACCAUACUUGACUAUACUGAUCAACAAUUAAUAACGCCAAAGUCUUCACUCACAUAAAACAAGUUCUACCACGAACGAAUUUAAACCUGCAUAUGAGUGAGACGGAUAACGACGUUAACGUAUCGCUUGCGUAUAUGACGACCAGUGUUGCCAGAUAUAGCAUAAUUAUCGAAUUGUA